AUGUUUUCGACCUUCUUUCAGCCCUGCGAGCUCAAGUUGCAUCUGCUCCAAAAUGCCAUCUUCUUGCACCCUCCUGAUCGUCCCCUGCCCGAGUCACACGAGAGGCCGCCCAUGGCCAACGACGAGAUCGUCAGAGGCCUCGUAGAGCUCUAUGUCCCUUCCAAUCGUCACAUUUCCGGCAUUCGCGUCCGACUAAAGGCGGCUCAAACUAUCGCCCUUCUGGACCCAGCAUCCGGCCUCACCCCUAUCAGCUGGGAGGAUUCCACCGUACUCGAAAAGGUCGUAGAGAUCGGAAUUCAGAGCGACAAAGAGAAGCACCUUGCCAACUAUCAUCACUCGCGCCUCUCGUUCAACAAUAGAUCAUCCUCGGCUGGACCAGCUCUUCACACGGCUUCUUCAUCUCACACGCAGCCGCGUGGCCGCAGCUCGGCUACGCCAGACCGAUCUGGUCGGUCUGGGUCUGCCUUUGGAUUGCGAUCGCACAGUCCUGGUGGAAGCAUUCCCGCUUCCAUGGCACGCGCUGUCUCUCGCGGUCGCAAGAUCGCCUCAGGUAUGGGCAGAAUCAGCCACAGCCCUUCGCCUUCCAAUAGCCGGCCAGCGAGCAGGGCCUCGUCUCCUAGCGCACCAAUCUCGUCCGAACGUGGACGUACUGCUACUCGUGCACCACCCACCUAUGCAUACGCCAUCUCGGAAGCUUGUCAGAAUAGUGCUGCGUCCGUGCCGCAGGAUCAGGAGGUCGUCAAUGUCAGUCUACCUCCGAGUCAAGCCGCCACGCCCCAACGAUCACGUCGGCAGAGUCUCUCGUCCCGAACUCCACCGGACGAACGCGGCCAGCGGCAAUCUACCCAGCCAGACGAGCUCGCUGACCACCUCCAAAGAUCGCUGGCCGUUCAUGCGGGCUCCAGUGACCGUCGAAGCGCUAGUGCUACGCCGGUGGAGCAAGGCUCAUCCCGCUCAUCCACUUUACAUCCGACCUUGCUGGUCGAGGACGACAGAGGCAAAGCCAAGUCCAGAAGCUCUUCCAUCGGCUUUUUUGGUUCUCGCAAAGCCCGAAGCAAGUCGCGAGCUCCCUUGUCGCGCGGUACUGCCGGCCAGUCGAGCGAUCUCGUGCAAGUGGACGAGGAAGGCGAUCGCGGACGCAGAGGUGCGUGGGAUCGACCCCCGCUCGAGCCGUCUGGCUCUUCAGGAGGCUUGAGCGUCACUCCAGGCUCCGAGGGGGAAUCGGGAUGGGAAACGGAGUCUACUCAAGACGGUCUCGAAUUGCAGAAGGGAGUGCACGGUUUCGAGUUCGCCUUCAUCAUUCCGUGCGAUGCCCCACCGUACGAGCGAUCUCCCUUUGGUCGGGUUCGAUACAUCAUCAAAGCCACUGCUAUCGGCGCCGGUCGCGCCAAAUCCAACGUAGAGUGCUGGCGCGACCUCUAUCCCAUGGUCAACCCUUGCCCGGAUAGCGGGCCUACACCGCUCACCGUGCUCUACAACGACCUUCACCCGACCGUCGGUCUUGUGUCAAUUGCAUGCACCUCCAACAACAUCUCGGUCGGCGGCGUCUUUAACAUCGAUGUCAACUCACCCACACCACCCAAAGACCUCAUCGUAUACCUCGUUCGAGUAUCGCUCGAGACGACGAUCGAACUCACCACCAAGCGCAAGGGCAAGCAGACGGUGCCCGUCCAACGUUCCAAGCUCUUCGAGAAGGGAUGGGUGCCUCCCAAGAACAACGAUGGAUCUCACGGCGACGGCAAACGCACGGACGGCUUCGUCCGCAAUAACGGCACAGAGGACGCGUGGACGGUCCAAGGCAUAGCACGAAUGCCCGACGACAACCACAUCCGCGCAUCCACGGUCGCUGCCUCCAAGGCGAGCAUCCGUUUCAGCCAUGUGAUCGUGGUCGAGAUCGUACACAGUCGCAGACCCGCCGGUAGCACGGCCAAGACUGCCGAGGAGGAAGCCAAGGAGCGAAGGCUGAAGGUGUUUGCGCUGCGACAGCCGGUGCUGGUUCCGUCGUGCUGCUGCGCGUACGAUGCGGUGACGUUGCCGGCGUACAGCGCCGCCCCGGAUCCAUCGAGCCGAAGAGCAGAGAUGCCGUACGAUCUUUCAACUUUCAACCACCAUCCGCCCAACAGCGACGGCUCUGCUUCCGCCGCAUCCGCUGCCAACGGCAGCAGCAGCAGCAGCAGCAGCGGCAUCACCACCGCAGGACCUAACACCGCUAAUACGUCCACCGCGGUCCACGGCGCAUCUCAGCUCUUCUGCGUAUGCGGUAUGUCGCUGCAAGACCUCAGCGCACAGGAGAGGGCCCUGAUCCCCAGCGCACCGCUCGACGUCAUGCGCGGCGAACUCUUCCGACACCAAGGCAAGAUUGGCGAACUUCCACCUCGACUCGAGAACAGACGCAGGAGUCCCAGCACCUCCUCCAGCGCCAGCGGCAUCGUCGCGAGCCUCCGCGGUAGGAGGCGCUCGACGAGCAGCACCCGCACCGCCUCCGCAUCCGCCACCGGCGGCAGUCCUUCAGGUGCCACCGGAUCGUCCGGCGAAAGGCGACCGUCAAUCACAGCGAGCAUCAAGGGUCGAAGUCCGAGCAUCAGCUCCGCGCUUCGUGCGAGGAGUUCCAGUAGCUCCAGCACGGGGUACAGAGGCGGAGCGGCUUUCGGUAGAGGCGAGAGCGUGAGCAGGGGGAGUGCGAUCAGCCGCACCAGCGCGGCGAGCAGCGCAGGGUUGAGGACGCACAGUCCUAUGGGCAGGGGCGGAGCCAGGGCUGGCACUGGGACCGGCGGCUCCACCUCCACCGAUAGCACCGCUAGCUCCAGCCAAGGUGCCUAG